ACAACGGUCCGGUUGGAAAAGUCGCUAGAAAUGUCAGUUAGCAAGUGGAAAUCACCGGAAAAACUACGCAACGCGGCAAAACUCAAAGCGAUUAGCGGCAAACAGCAGCAAGCGCUAACAACAGAGCAGAGCAGCGCGUUUGACAGCAGCAGGUCGGCGGGGGCUGCAGUGUGUGUUAGUUUAAGAAUGCGCGAAUGCGAAACGCGGCAGCAGCAGCAGCAGCAGCGGCGGCGGCGAAUGCUGAUAACAAAGCGUACAUCGUGUUAAUAACAAUAACAAAAAGUCGCGCGUUUAAUUAACAGACAGCGGGCAGCCGACAGCAGCAGCAGCAGCAGCGCAGUCGACGGCAGUGUCGCGUGUGGGAGUUAACAGUUUCCUCGAAGCAAGUGCGGCGAGAGUAAGAGACAGUGAAAGGGAGAGAGAGAGAGUGAGAGUCAAACUGAUAAAAACUGCAUUUGAUUGCAAUUUUGGCGGCAUUUGCAAUCCGAACGGCGGCGAACGCGCAACGCAAAAAGAAAUCAAUACAAAACAAAACAACCAAACAACGGGAUCCCACAAAGUAACAAUGGAUUAAGAAAGAACCCGCUGAAACCAUAAAAUCGAAAUCUAAUCAAACAACUCGAUGUUUAACUCGUAAUUAAUAAUAAUAACAAGCAAAUGCAACCGUUCCGUUCCGUGCCGCGCUAAUGCAAAAAGUAUACGACCUACACGUAAAUUUCUUACCAAAACAAAAGUGCAAUAACAAUUUUACAAACCUAUUGAAUAUAUAAAUAUAUAUAUAUAUGCGGAUUUCUUGAGGAAAAAUUCCAAAAGCCGACAACUAUUUAAAACAUUAAACUGCAAUGUGAAUCCGUAUCCUUCCUACUAAUAAAAAACAAUAAAGUAUUCGUGCGUGUGGGAAUUUUUGGGAAUGUCGAUAUCUCCUCCUACUAAGAGAUGGCAACAAAUUAAUCUCGCUUUAAAAUUGUAAUUUUUGGCGCCUGACUUUUGUCUGGUUUAUUGAGUGCAGCUACCGAAUAACGCUGAGCACAUUUUAUGCUAGGACAAUUUGAAUAACAGCAACAACAACAACGGAAUGGAAAAAGUGCUAGGCCACGCCGUUUGUCAAGCGUUGACAAUUUGACGCUGUGCAGAAGGGAAUCCUUGAAAAGAAAGUUCGGCUCACUCCAAACGCUUACAGGAUUUAAGCGAAUCGCGUGUGAAAGAGAGAGAAAGAGAUAGCAAGAGAACGCAAAGUUGUAACUCGCACACAUUGACAAAAGCUAACAGCUACGCACAACAAUGAAACACAUUUUAAGUCUGGCAACGCUGCUGCUGCUAACAGCCGUUGCCCGGGCGGACAGCCUACAGCACAUGACGGACAACGGAGGAGGCGGCCACAUGGGCAUGGGCUCGCACUCGCACUCGAUGGACGUGAGUCCGGCGCCCGGCUACGGUGUGCCGGUCAUACCGAAGGAUCCGAACUCACGCUGUGAGGAAAUCACGACGCCCAUGUGCCGCGGCAUUGGCUACAAUAUGACAUCGUUCCCCAACGAAAUGAACCACGAGACGCAGGACGAGGCGGGCCUCGAGGUGCACCAGUUCUGGCCGCUGGUCGAGAUCAAAUGCUCGCCGGACCUUAAGUUCUUCCUCUGCAGCAUGUACACGCCCAUCUGCCUGGAGGAAUACCACAAGCCUCUCCCAGUCUGCCGCAGUGUCUGUGAACGUGCGCGUUCCGGCUGUGCGCCCAUCAUGCAGCAGUACAGCUUCGAGUGGCCGGAGCGGAUGGCCUGCGAGCACUUGCCGCUGCACGGCGAUCCAGAGAACCUGUGCAUGGAGCAACCAUCCUACACGGAGGCGGGCAGCGGCACCGGAGGCGGAGGCGGCGGUGGCAGCGGCGGUUCCGGCAGCGGAUCUGGCGGCAAGCGCAAGCAGGGCGGCGGCGGCGGUGGUGCCGGUGGCUCGUCGGCGACGGCGAACAAGUGCAAGGGCAAGAAUUCAAAAAACUGCCAAAAUCCCCUAGGAGAAAAGGCAAACGGAAAGGAGUGCACGUGCUCGUGCCGCUCGCCGCUGAUCGUCCUGGGGAAGGAACAGCUCAUGCAGCAGUCGCCCAUGCUGCACCAUCACUGGUACAUGAAUCUAACUGUGCAAAGGAUCGCCGGCGUGCCAAACUGCGCCAUACCCUGCAAGGGUCCGUUCUUCACCAACGACGAAAAGGACUUCGCCGGCCUGUGGAUCGCCCUGUGGUCGGGCCUGUGCUUCUGCAGCACCCUCAUGACCCUAACCACAUUCAUCAUAGACACCGAAAGGUUUAAGUACCCGGAACGUCCCAUUGUCUUUCUGUCCGCCUGCUACUUUAUGGUCGCCGUCGGUUAUCUGUCCCGCAACUUCCUCCAGAACGAGGAGAUCGCCUGCGACGGACGCCUGCUGCGGGAGAGCUCGACGGGCCCGCACUCGUGCACUCUGGUCUUUCUGCUCACCUACUUCUUUGGCAUGGCCUCGUCCAUUUGGUGGGUCAUCUUAAGCUUCACCUGGUUCCUGGCUGCCGGCCUCAAGUGGGGCAACGAGGCGAUCACCAAGCAUUCGCAGUACUUCCAUUUGGCCGCCUGGCUAAUACCCACGGUGCAAUCGGUUGCCGUGCUCCUGCUCUCCGCCGUGGAUGGCGAUCCCAUUCUGGGCAUUUGCUAUGUGGGCAAUCUGAAUCCGGAUCAUCUGAAGACCUUUGUGCUGGCACCGCUGUUCGUUUACCUCGUCAUUGGCACCACCUUCCUCAUGGCCGGAUUUGUCUCGCUCUUCAGGAUUCGCUCGGUGAUCAAACAACAGGGCGGCGUUGGCGCCGGCGUCAAGGCAGACAAACUGGAGAAGCUCAUGAUACGCAUCGGCAUCUUCUCGGUGCUUUACACCGUGCCGGCGACAAUUGUCAUCGGAUGUUAUCUGUACGAAGCAGCCUACUUCGAGGAUUGGAUCAAGGCCUUGGCUUGCCCCUGUGCACAGGUUAAGGGACCCGGCAAGAAGCCGCUCUAUUCCGUGCUAAUGCUCAAGUAUUUCAUGGCUCUGGCCGUGGGCAUCACGUCGGGCGUAUGGAUCUGGUCAGGCAAGACCCUGGAGAGCUGGCGGCGCUUCUGGCGACGACUGUUUGGUGCGCCCGAUCGCACGGGCGCCAAUCAGGCACUGAUCAAACAAAGGCCGCCCAUUCCGCAUCCGUAUGCGGGCUCCGGCAUGGGCAUGCCCGUUGGCUCGGCGGCGGGCUCUCUGCUGGCCACGCCCUACACACAGGCGGGCGGUGCCUCGGUGGCCUCUACGAGCCACCACCAUUUGCACCACCACGUUCUCAAGCAGCCAGCGGCCAGCCAUGUAUGACAUGGAGAGUCGGGA